UGGUGAAUGACGAGACGUCCAACCUUGGUUGAAACAUUUGUGUCACGCAGGAGGGCUUUAUGUUUAUGGUUGCACUGUACUGACAGCAUUUAAAAGACUACAUGCGCAGGUGGACUCACAAUGGAAUUUGCUUGCGGGUUUGUUUAUGUGCCGCCGCCAGUGAGUCAGAAGGACGGCCAAAAACACGUCAUUAAACGCUCAGCUCUUCUCCCUCCUGUUAACUGGAUCCGUCCUCGCAGUCCUCCCCCUCCUCCACCAACAAACUCUGCAGAGGCCAAAUCACCGAAAUCCCUCCAAUCUUCCCCCAAGGUUAUUGAACAGUUGGAAAAGAGCAAGGAGGUGAAGAAGACUGUGAAGUCCACUCCCUUCUACGAAAAUGCUGAAUUUCACAAAAACCAGCAGGCAGCUUCUUCCAUCAGUCCACCAGGAACACAUCAACAGCAGACACCUCCUCGAAAAACAGCUCUUCUUCCACCACACAUGAAACCUGCAGCAAACAGCAAGUACCCCCCUUACAGCGAACCACUUUCUUCCUCAAGCACCAACAGUCAGAAAUUUACCUACGACAUCCCAAAAGAUGAGCCAGAUUUGAAUGCAUGUCCCUGGGACCCAAACUACUCAUACACCGCACCAGAAGGCACAGGGGGAGAGGUUAAGCUUCCAGCUGAUACAAGCAAUGCAUCAUCCCAGACAUCAGUCCCUCCUCUUCCUCCAAGACCUUCAUUCAUGAAGUCAGUGCCAGAGUACCUGGUGCUGUUGCCUCAAGGCCAGUCAUUACCCUCAUCAAGUCAGAAAUCCGACUUGCUGCAUGUCAAAUCACCUACAAAUAAAGGAUCAGCAGAUAAGGGGCCUCUGCAAGGGAAUCCCAAUGUGCUUCUUGUCAGUUUAGGAAAAUUGCUCUCAGAGGAAAGAGUGCAGGCUAUCCAAGGAGAACCCGCCUCCUGCUCCCGCUGCGGCUCUGUGCUGGACUCCUGCUAUGACAAUGUGAUUAAUGAGUGUUACUUCUGUCAGCCCUCGGAGCUGACCAGCACUCCCAGUAUACCACGGUGUCCUCUACGUGGUCACCAGGAUGGCCUCUUUUUGCUCUGUCCUGAUGAAAAGCCCCUCUGUACUGCUGACGCUCUGCUGCUCUUCUGCAUCGACAUCUCGGGCUCCAUGAGCAUCACCUCUCAGGUUUCAGAGGGAGAGCAGGUUUUCCACAGAUCCCGUCUCCAAUUUCUCCAGGAAGCCGUGUUGCAGUGUGUUCACAGACUAAGUGAGCAAAAACCUGACAUGCGAGUGGGACUUAUCACCUUCAACCAUCAGGUGACAGUGCAUGGAAAUGAGAAUUUCACAUCACAUUCUCUGUGUGGUCCUGAGUUGGCUGACAGCGACUUUCUGAAAGAGGCUGCAAUUAGUUUCCCCACUCCACCUCCACUCUCACAGACUAAGGAAUACUUACAGAGACAAGUCAUGGGAUUAACUGAAGGUGGCACCACAGCUCUUGGUCCAGCUGCUCUCCUCACGAUUGCAAUAGCCUCCAGACACCCAGGGGCCAAGGUGAUUAUCUGUACAGAUGGGAAGGCCAACACAGAGUUGGGGAAUCUGGAGGUAGAAGAUAAUGAUGCUCGUACCCUCCUCUCAUCCACAAUCUUCUACCAGGAGUUGGGGGACUAUGCUGCCAAAAAGGGUGUGACAGUGUCUGUGCUGGCCAUCGAGGGAACAGACUGCAGGCUGGAUGAGCUGGGAAGACUCGCUGAUCGCACUGGAGGGAAAGUGGUGAUAGCAAUCCCCAAUAGGUUGCAUGAAGAGUUUGAAGAGAUCAUUGAGAAUAGGACUAUAGCUACACACUGCACUGUCACAUUACUGCUGCCCCAAUCAAUGCGUAUGAGAGGAGAGAGGGAGGCAGGGCACAAAGGGACCAGAGAGGUGGGGAAUGUGGACCCAGCUACAGAGAUCACCUUCCAGUUUGGAGCCAAUGAAGAGGACACAGAAGUGUCGGUGCCGGCCUCUGGUAGCCGUGUGUCCAUCCAGCUGCAGAUCAGGUACAGGCACAGGAAGGGACAGAAGAUGCUCAGAGUGUUCACUGCAGACCGAGAAGUUACUGAUGACAGCUCGGCGGCCCUGUCCUCUCUCUCUCUGGCUAUCAUUCAGCUCAACUCGUCACAGGCCAGCGCCGCUCUGGCUGUCAGAGGCCGCUUCCUUGAUGCCAGGAGGGAAGGGGCACUGCAGAGGAAGCUGAUCGAGAGAGCGAUGGAGCAUAAUCGCAGUGCAGAGGACCAUCAGAUAUACCAAGAAUGGGUUAAAACAAUGGAGCCUAUAUACAACAACAUACAUAACUUCACAAGGAGAAAAUCUGUGGUUUCAGACUCACAGUCUCUAACUGAUGCUGGUGCAGCGCUGCUCUACACCAUGAAACACAGCAACAGGAAGUCCAUCUCACUGAAGAAUAAACAUAAACUCUAGCCAA